AUGACUGGAACCGAGCGGGUGCGGAAUCGACAAUUCGUGCAACGGAUUAUGGCACCGUUCAACAUGCAGUGCAACACGUGCAGAGAAUACAUCUACAAAGGCAAGAAGUUCAACAUGAAAAGAGAAACGGCUGAAGGGGAAUUCUAUCUCGGAUUGAAGAUCUUUCGUUUCUAUUUUAAAUGCCCUAAUUGUUUGGCAGAAAUCUCUUUCAAGACAGAUCUCGAGAGUUGCGAUUAUCAAAUGGAACAAGGAGCGACACGACUUUUUGAAGCUUUUAAGCUAUAUCAGCAAGCCGCCAAAGAAGAAGAGGCAAAAGAAGCCGAGGAUGCGAAGGAUCCGAUGAAAAUGCUCGAGAAAAGGACGAAAGCGAGUAAAGCUGAGAUGGAAAUGUCAGGCAAACUCGAUGAGAUCCAGGAACAAAAUCGGCAACACGAGACGAUCAAUUUGGAAGAUUUCUUGAAUCAAUUCGACUCGGACAGAAAGCUGACAUUAGCUGAAAGGAUUCGACUACAAGAAGAAGAGGAUGAAAAGGAGAUUAAGCAACUCUACGGACGGGAUAGUGAUGGGGUGAUCAGAAGACGGAUCAAAGACGAAGAUGAAGUUGACAAUGAAGCACAUUUGCCGACUAGCAGUGCGCUGGCGUCAUUGAAAUGGGAAGCCGAUCCCGAGCAAGUUGAUGUGAAGCCGAAUCCUGAUGGGAAACGAUCGAGAGACAGUCAAAAGGAUAAAUUGUCCAAGUUGAUUGUUGUCAAGAAAAAGAAACAAGAGGUGACGGUCAAACAGGAGAUCAAAGAUGAGGACGAGCAUGCGGAUGCGACGAGUUCCACUGGGCCACCAAAAGCCCCACCCGCAGCGUCGGCUCUUCUGGGACUCGGCGUCUAUGGAAGCUCAUCGGAUUCCGAA